CUGAGAAUGAGUAUUUUAUUUAAUUACGGAAAAUUGUGUCAAUCCCGUCCUCGAUUUGUGUUUCCAUAGAUUGUUUACAUUUCCUGUUUACAAAAAGCUAGUACCAUUUUUUCCCCCAGUUUUAUUUCAUCAACAGUACAAUAAGUAAUAACAAAGCUAUAGGUGUAGUAAAAAGGAAGAUAGAAUGAUUCAUUGAAUGAAUGGAGAAUGGGUUGUUCUCCUUCUCGUACAUCAGAAUCAGACGGAAGAAAAAUUCACAUUAAUGGAUAUGCAUGAUUCCAGUGAAGAUUGUUUCCCUUGGAUUGAUGUUUUAUAGAACCAACAAGUAUCACCUAUAUUAAUGACAAUGAUGAACACAGGAAGACAGGAAGUAUAAAGUCCCUCAGUCUUAAACCAGAGUCACGUAAAAAUGGCGUCCAAUCUACCGUCAAAGAUUCAGUGUGAUGUCAUGAUCAGUUUUAAUUCAAAAGAUUUGAAAUUCACACAGAAAAUUACAGAAAAGAUAGAAGAGCAGGGUUGGACAGUAUGGUACACCAGACCAGAGAUGGAUCCUGUAGAAGCUCUUAGUAAGAAAGGGGAGGCAAUCCUUAGUUGUAAGAUGUUUGUUAUGAUUAUAAGCAAGGAUUCCUGCAAAGACUCACAGUUUGCCGAUGAGCUUGCUUUGGCCUACAUCUCUAAUUCUACGAUAUAUCCUGUCAGUCUAGAGAAGUUCAGAGAUAUCAGCCCUUUAUUAGAAGGAGGAAUGAAGCUUAUGCUCGCCAGGAUAAAUUGGACAUUUUUCUUCAAGCCUGAAAUAUAUGAAAGCAGCUUACAGAGUCUGCUGGCAUCAAUGACAGUAAAUAUGUCAAAUCUGCAGCCUCAACUGGACCCAACUCAAGUUUCUGAAUCAGGGGAUAUUAAUUUUCAUGGAAUGAACGUCAGUAUAAAUUUCGAUACAAAUGACGAGAAUAAUUACCAUGAGGAUGAUAUUGGUGGAGAAGAUGAUGAGGGCAUGACAGAACAUCGUAGACCAAUCAGACCUCUCCAAACCAGACAGACAGGACUGAAAUACGAUUUCUGGGACAGGAAUUUUGAUAAUAAAAGUGAAGUCCCAUGGGUGGAAUUCAAAAAGAAAUUUGAAACGGACUACCAUGACAAAAUUGUCAAACAAUACUCGGAAGAUAGAUUUAAGUUUUUCGUUAAUUUGAUUUACAAAGAUAUCUUUGAUUUGCAAAAAACUGUGAAAAAGAGUCAAUUUGAAGCUUUCUGUGAAGGAAAUCCAGAUGCGGAUAUGCAUAGAUUUUACAAUCGUCUCCAGGCCUACGCUACAGGAUAUCAUGCCAUGGUGGAGGUGUUUAAUAUGUCAAGUUCUCUACGACUCACAACUAUACAAAAUCUGGGAAAUUUCUCCUUUCCUGCUGUUGUCCAAGGUUUAUCUAAGAUGUUAAAAGAUGCUGAUCCAAACAUCAGGGCUGUGGCAACCAUUGCUUUGGCUAAAUCAGCAAAGAACAAAAAAGCUACAGUUGACCGUAUAAUGGGAAUGUUAGACGACGAGGACAGACUCGUGAGGGAGAGCGCAUGCCUUGCUUUGGGAUUCCUCAAACCCGGCACUAAAGCAGAGGAAGUAGUGGCUGAAAAAUGGAGGAAUGACCCUAUAAAGCAUGUGAGAGAAGCAGCAGAAGUUGCUUUGAAGAGAAUGGGCGGAGACCAUGCUGCCAAAUGUAUGCAGGUAACAAAGGUGUUGGCAUCAGAAAUGGAGUUCCUGAAACAUCCAGAAUCAUAGCAACAAGGUCCCCAUGGUGAUGAAACAUAGCAAACAAUUUAUAUUUGUUGAAUUUUUUAAAGCCGAUUUAUUAGGACAUAAUAUUAUAUUUGUACAUAAUAGAGUAAAUUGAUUUGGUUGGAGAUUGGUUGGCCAGGAUAUCAGCUUUUUUUGUGCUGAAGUGGUGUAAAGCAAUCAUCAAUCAAUCAGUUUGGUUGAAAAUAUAUUGAGAUUUAUAGUAUAACUAAUCGCCGUAUUUGAAUAUAAAAAAUAAGACAAGGCGUGACCGAACGACACAUGGAUUAAACGAGUGUGCAGCACGAGUUUAAUCCAUAGUAGCGUUCAGUCACAAACUGUCUUAUUUUUUAUAUUAAAAUACGGAGAUUAGUUAUACUUUUUAUUAGCUCACCUGGCAUAGCCAUGUGAGAUUAUGCCAUCACUUGGCGUCCGUCGUCGUCGGUUGUCGUCGUCUGUCGUCGUAAACUAUUUCAAGAAUCUUCUCCUCUGAAACUACUAGGCCAAAUACUUCCAAACUUUAACUGAACGUUCCUUAGAGUAUCUAGUUUAUAAAUUGUAUCCGAAGUUUUGAUCUAUCAACAAACAUGGUCGCCAUUGCUAAAAAUAGAACAUAGGGGUCAAAUGCAGUUUUUGGCUUAUAUCUCAAAAACGAAAGCAUUUAGAGCAAAUCUGGGGUAAAAAUGUUCAUUAGGUCCAGAUCUAUCAGCCCUGAAAUUUUCAGAUGAAUCAAACAACCCAUUGUUGGGUUGCUGCCACUUAAUUGGUUAUUUUUGGAAAUUUUGCAGUUUUUGGUCAUUAUCUUGAAUAUUAUUAUAGAUAAAGAUAAACUGUAAACAGCAAAAAUGAUCAGCAAAGUAAGAUCUACAAAUAAGUUAAUAUAUAAUUGUUCAUCAUGUUGAUUUACUUUAAAAAAUCUUCUCCUUUGAAACUGCUGUAUCAAUUUCAGCCAAACUUAGGCUAAAUGAGUUUCAGAGUAUCUAGUAUAAAUUUUAUAUUUUAUUUCCUUGUAUGUCAAGAAACAUAGCUCCUAGGGCUAAAAUAGAACAUAGGAGAAAAUGAUUUUUUUUUUUUGCUUUUGAAGAAAAUAGGACAAUUCAAAGAACAUUUAAAUAAAUUGAAAAGCCAAAAUAAUCAUUGGUGAGAGAUUUAACCCAAAAAAUUAAGGUGAGCGAUUCAGGCUCUUGAGAGCCUCUUGUUACAUUGGCUAAUGGCUUUUUUUUUAUGAAAUUAAUGUAGAAAAUGUAAGGAACUAUAUAUUUUUCCUACGCAUUCACAAUUUGUUUUGAUCUGGCGUUAUCAACGUCUUGACAACGCCUAUUGUUGUAUGACGUCAGAGAGUGAAAUUAUCGGUUUUUAUUUAACUGGGAAAUCAAUGUAAUUUAUUGCAACCAAUGUUAUAAUAAGAAUUAUUAUCUUUUUUAUUGUAAGAAUUUGUCAAAUUUUGCUGCAAUGUAAAAUCUAUAUUCCUAGUGCAGUAAAUAUGAUAAAUUUAGUUUAACAAAAUGAAGUGGAACUCUUAUUUCCCUUGUAAGUGAAAUGAUAUUAUAAUGACCUAUCUUUCUUCAACUUUCUUUGGUACAAGCCUUAAACACUUUCUACUCUUGUAUUUUAAGAAAAUCAAAAACAAAAAGUAAAAAUUGCUUUUACUUGACAGGAAAAUAAAGGUAUAAAAAGGGCAUCCAACCAACAUCAUGAAAAACAAAACAAAAAGACAUCUUCAGAAUCUUAAUCUUUAAAAUCAUUUAGGGUGGUACCCAACACUUGAACUAAAAUUAGUUUGGUUCGUUUAAUUUUCUUAAAAUUUUGACAAAGUAUUUACUUUGACCCUUUGAUAAAAAUAUAAACAUUUCAAAAAAUUUGAACCAAUGGUUUAAUCAGAAAAAAUACACUGGUUAUAUAGCAGUUUGACUAAAACUUAUUUUGAUCAUUGAGAAGCUUAAUAAUCCCUUAACAACACAUUAAAACGUUUUUUCUGAUUUUACAGAGUUAUAUCCCUGCAGUGUUAGGUACCACCUUGAUCUACUCUGAUAGAACUUUUUUAACAGUUUAGUAAGGAUAAAAAAUCAUUAAAUGAAUUAUCUUACAUUUUUUAUUCAUUUUUAUGCUCCAUUCAUGGGCACUAUAAGUCUUUCAGUCUGUGCAUCUGUUAGUUUGUCCAUUUGUCUGUCUGUCCUGCUUCAGGUUAAAGUUUUGGGUCAAGGUAGUUUUUGAUGAAGCUGAAGUCCAAUCAACUUGAAACUUUGUACACAUGUUCCCUAUGAUACAGUUUUCUAAUUUCAAUGCCAAAUUGAACUUUUUAUUCCAAUUUCUGGUCCUCUGAACAUAGAAAAUCAUUGUGCAUGUGAGGCAUCUGUGCACUGUCUAUAGACACAUUCUUUUUAUAUCUUUUAAAUUAGUAUACUUGUUAGUGUAUUUUUUUGUAGUCAAAACAUUUAUCAGGUUAAAAUACAUUUCUGUCCUAAAUAUUACUUUUUGAGAAGUUUCAACUUUUGCUUUUUUUUUAUAUAAUAUUAAAGGCAAGAUGUAUUGUAGGAGCAAAAAAAGAACAAAAUCAGUAAAAAAAAAAUGUAAUGAUUUACAAAAAAAAUGUUAAAUCAUGCUUCUUUUUUUGAAAAUAUGAUAAUAAAAAGUUAAAGUGCUUAUUUUAAAGCUACAGGUAGUACAAAAAUAUGUGUAUAGAAAAUAAGGUGAAAAGACAUAGUAUUGCAAUGUAUUAAAAAAAACGCACAAAAUUUGUUUGAUAAAAAAAUUUAACAUCUGCUUUUAAAAGCAUGUUUGUUGGCUAUUUUACAUUAAUUAUUUAUUGAGAUUUUUUGUGUAGACAAUUAUAUUUUUAUGUUGUAGCAUUUUUUUCUUGUUAUGAAAUUAUAUAUAUAUUAACUUUGAAAUAUUAUAUAUUUUGUAAAUAGAUACAUGUGAACUAUAGUAUUUUGAUGCUGAUUUCCAUUAUUUUAUUUAAAGUUUUAUACUUUAAAUGACAUAUAUACCUACCAUUUUGGAGGGAAAAUUUGAAAACUGUUUUUACAAAAAAAUCAUAUAUCCACUCUCAACAGUUAGAGUUUUCUAAUAUUUAAAUCACCAUAAUUUUGAUACCCUUGCUGUCGGUAUGACCAUCUAUCUGUCCGAUGAAUAUUUUUCGUCUCAUCUUUCUCAGGAACUACAUCAUAUAUAUAUAAGGAUUUCUGAAAUUUUGUUUCAGUCUUUAUAUAAUUCAGUUAUACUGCGUGAUGCAUUUUCAUAUUCAUCACUCAACAAUUUCCUGUUCACCAAACAGUAGCUCACAGUUUCAUUUGUUCAACAAAAAUUUCAAAAAUUACUUAGAAUUGUUCUCUCGCCACUUAGAAACAAACUUUGCUCAUUGUAUUAUAUAUUUAUAUUGUAUUGUUGUCAAAAGAAGUUGUCUGUGAUAAUAUUAAAUAUUUAUUUAUUUUCUUUGAGAAUAAAAAACUUGUCUAAUAAAUU